ACGACGCCGUGUAAGAAGUGUAAAGUUGUGUUUGGAUGGAGUUGCCGGAAUGUCCGGUGUGUCUUCAAAACUACGACGACGAAAACGCGAUUCCUCGAGUACUAUCAUGCGGCCACACGGUUUGUGAAAUUUGUCUUGUGGAGCUUCCGCCGCGAUUUCCAAACACGAUUCGUUGUCCAGCGUGUACUCAACUCGUUAAUUACUCACCCAAACAAGGCCCUUCUUCUCUUCCUAAAAACAUCGACCUCCUCAGGCUCUGCCUUCAACAACAACAACACUCUUCAUAUUCUAAUCAAUCGCGGAAAUCGAAUCAACGGUCCACGAUCAACGAUGACUAUUCAUCUCGAUUUUGGUCUGACGAGUUCUACGUUGCUUGGAAGGAUUGGAUUCUUCCGUACGACGCCGUUUCUGUCGACGAGCACGGUAUUGGUAGGUUUAAUUAUUCGUCCAAAGGUAGGGUUUGCUUCGGAGUUAAUCUUACGGUGAAUCUCGCUCCAAUUGUUUCUUUGCCUCCGGUUAGCGAUUCAAAGUUCAAGUUUAGUUAUGUUGCUUGGGUUAUUAAGUGUUUAGAAGGGAUGAACGAGGGUUCGAGGGAAGGUUUAGGUUUGAUUCUAGAAGCUUCUGUGAGGCAGUGUAGGUUGUGUAGGGUUUAUGGGAUUUGGAGCGAGGUUGUUGAUGGUACUUUGUAUUUGGUUUGUGAGAGGCAAUGUGGUAGGGUUUUGGAUAAGUUUGGUGGAUUGAGGAAUGGGUUUCUUGGUUUGAAUGGGGAUGAUUUGAAAUUGGGUAAUGGCGGGGUUUGUAGUUUUGCAAUGAUUGCUAAGGGUAUAUGUGAAGCUGUGAUUGCUUUGAAUUUGGAAGGUUUGGUUGCUGGUUGUUUGGGACUUUCCUGUUUCUCUUUUGACGAGCUUGGUGGUGUUUGUAUUGAUUUGAACGAGGUGUUGGUGAAGGGAAAGAAGAUUAUGGAUGAGGUUUCUGGUGGCGUGGGUGAUGAGUGCGAAGCGAUGUGUAAGAAUUGUUUGGAUAAUGAGCUUUUCAUUAGCCUGGAGGUUUUGGCGAAGUUCUUGCACAAGGGGGUUACUAAUCCACAGAGUGGGAAUUUGAGAUAUCCGAUUGGGUAUGGCUCAGAUGUGUGGUCGUUGGCUUGUGUGUUGCUGCAGCUUCUUAUUGGAAAUUCACUCCCCUGGAUUACUUUGGAAACGAGUGAAGAGAAUAGCCUUGACAUCUCGGCUAGUUACGUGUCUUGGGUGGAGAAAGUUAGUUCUGUUUUGGAAGAUAAAAUUGGCUCUGAAUACCAAUCACUUAAGCAGACUCUUUGCAAAUGUUUGGACAUCAAUCCGGAAAGUCGUCCAAAUGUGGUGGAUGUAAGGAAAUGCAUUCAGGACGUGUUGGUCAAACAUCAAUUUAUUUUUUUGGGCGAUUUGGAGGUCACAGUAAUCAGGAACAACACUGGUGACCCUGUGAUUCUUGUCGAGUUGUGUCAGUUGCCUGAGGCAAGUUCUAAGGAGCCGAGAGGACCUGAGUUGCAGUUGAAAGAAGACGACGGUCAACCUGAUUUCCUUCAAGGUGUGGAAAACAAAUGUGAUGAAGACUUUGUUUCUAGCUUAUCUAAGGGAAUGGCCGAGCUUAAAGAUCUGCAAGGCCAUCUUGGGUGUAUAACUGGAUUAGCUGUGGGAGGGGGAUAUUUGUUUAGCUCCUCUUUUGAUAAAACUGUUCGUGUAUGGUCCUUACAGGACUUUUCUCAUUUACACACAUUUAGAGGUCAUGAGAAUAAAGUCAUGGCUCUAGUUUAUGUAGAUGAAGAAGAACCAUUGUGUAUAAGUGGUGACGGUGGAGGGGGUAUAUUUGUCUGGGGGAUUGCUGCACCUUUUACUCAAGAUCCCUUGAGGAAAUGGUAUGAGCAGAAGGAUUGGCGCUUUAGUGGUAUCCAUUCCUUAGCUGUUUUCAGAAAUCUUUUUCUCUACACGGGAAGUGGAGAUAGAACAAUAAAAGCUUGGUCAUUAAAGGAUGGAACUUUGAUGUGCACAAUGAGUGGUCACAAAUCUGUAGUUUCCACACUUUCAGUAUGCGAUGAGGUUCUUUACAGUGGUAGUUGGGAUGGAACCAUCCGCUUGUGGAGUCUUAAUGAUCAUAGCCCGUUGACGGUUUUAGGGGAAGAUAUGCUUGGAGAGAUGAAGUCUAUCCUGGCCAUUACGGCCAAUAGGCAUUUGCUUGUUGCAGCAUAUGAAAAUGGAUGCAUAAAGGUCUGGAGAAAUGAUGUGUUCAUGAAUACCAAAACAUUGCACAAUGGUGCCAUUUUUGCGAUGAGUAUGCAGGGAAAAUGUCUUUAUACAGGAGGUUGGGACAAAAAUGUUAAUAUACAGGAAUUAUCUGGAGAUGAGUUAGAACUGGAUGUCAAAGCAUUUGGAUCAUUUCCUUCCAGUUCUGUUGUGACCGCUAUAUUAUGCAGCGAAGGAAAACUAUAUGUUGGGUAUGCUGACAAGUCUAUCAAGGAAAAUCUUGGUCGCAUUCAAAAGACUUUCACUGACUUCACCAGCUUGAACCAUUGGGUCGUUAGCGACUACUACCGUCUCGUGAACUCCGUCAAUGCUUUUGAGUCUCGGAUUCAGGCGCUCUCUGACGACCAGUUAGCUGCCAAAACAGAGGAGUUUCGCCGCCGGCUUGCCCGAGGGGAGACAUUAGCUGAUAUCCAAGCUGAGGCGUUUGCUGUUGUUCGUGAGGCUGCGAGAAGAAAACUUGGAAUGCGUCACUUUGAUGUUCAGAUUAUUGGUGGAGCUGUGCUGCAUGAUGGGUCCAUUGCUGAGAUGAAAACUGGGGAGGGAAAAACCUUAGUUUCCACGCUUGCAGCAUAUCUUAAUGCCCUGACUUCUGAGGGUGUCCAUGUCGUGACUGUCAACGAUUAUUUAGCUCAACGUGAUGCUGAAUGGAUGGGGCGUGUUCAUCGUUUCUUAGGUCUUUCUGUUGGUCUUAUUCAGAGGGGGAUGAAUUCUGAAGAGCGGAGAUUCAAUUAUAGAUGUGAUAUAACAUAUACCAAUAAUUCGGAGCUUGGUUUUGAUUACUUGAGAGAUAAUCUUGCUGGAAAUAGCAAACAGCUUGUGAUGAGAUGGCCAAAGCCAUUUCAUUUUGCUAUUGUUGAUGAGGUGGAUUCAGUCCUGAUAGAUGAGGGAAGAAAUCCAUUGUUAAUCAGUGGUGAGGCUAGUAAAGAUGCUGCACGGUAUCCUGUUGCUGCAAAAGUGGCCGAAUUGCUUAUACAGGGCAUUCAUUACAAAGUGGAACUAAAAAAUAAUUCGGUGGAGUUGACUGAGGAGGGAAUUACUCUUGCGGAAAUGGCUCUUGAAACACAUGACCUUUGGGAUGAAAAUGAUCCUUGGGCUAGAUUUGUGAUGAAUGCUUUAAAAGCUAAAGAAUUCUAUCGCCGAGAUGUUCAAUACAUGGUCAGAGAUGGAAAGGCUUUAAUUAUAAAUGAGCUGACAGGAAGAGUUGAAGAUAAAAGGAGAUGGUCUGAGGGGAUUCACCAGGCUGUAGAGGCAAAGGAAGGUUUGAAGAUUCAGGCAGAUUCUGUUGUCGUGGCUCAGAUCACAUACCAGUCAUUAUUCAAGCUUUAUCCAAAAUUGUCAGGAAUGACUGGAACUGCAAAAACAGAAGAGAAAGAGUUCUUAAAAAUGUUCCAGACGCCGGUCAUUGAAGUGCCCACAAAUCUUCCUAAUAUUCGCAAAGAUUUGCCUAUUCAGGCAUUUGCUACUGCUCGUGGGAAAUGGGAGCAAGUUCGCCGAGAAGUUGAAUAUAUGUUUGGAGAAGGACGUCCUGUCUUAGUUGGGACAACUAGUGUAGAAAAUUCCGAACUUUUGGCUGGUCUGCUUAGGGAAUGGAAUAUUCCCCAUAAUGUUUUGAAUGCUCGACCCAAGUAUGCUGCGAGAGAAGCUGAAAUUGUUGCACAGGCAGGACGGAAACAUGCCAUUACAAUAUCUACAAAUAUGGCAGGCAGGGGCACAGAUAUAAUUCUUGGAGGAAAUCCAAAAAUGCUUGCCAGAGAAAUUAUAGAGGACAGUGUACUUCCUUUUUUGACACGGGAGGAUCCAAAUAUUGAACUUGCUGGCGAGGCCAUUUCAGAUAAAGUGCUUCCAAAGAUAAAGGUGGGAUCAUCAUCAUUAGCCUUACUGGCUAAGACAGCCUUAAUGGCAAAAUAUGUAUCAAAAAGUGAGGGUAAAAGUUGGACAUAUCAGAAAGCUAUAUCUUUUAUCUUGGAAGCUAUUGAAAUGAGUCUUUCAUAUAGUUUGGAAGAGCUGGAGAAGCUGGCCAAUGAAGAAUCUGAGAUCUACCCCCUUGGUCCUACAGUGGCACUUGCCUAUCUGUCAGUUUUAAAGGAUUGUGAAGAACACUGUUUGCAUGAAGGGUCUGAGGUAAAAAGGCUUGGUGGCCUUCAUGUGAUUGGUACAUCUUUACACGAGUCCCGGAGAAUAGACAACCAGCUUCGUGGCAGAGCAGGAAGGCAGGGGGAUCCGGGGUCAACGCGAUUUAUGGUCAGCUUGCAGGAUGAGAUGUUUCAAAAGUUCAAUUUUGAUACUGAAUGGGCUGUUAGACUUAUCUCAAAGAUUACAGACGACGAGGAUCUGCCAAUUGAGGGUGAUGUCAUUGUGAAACAGCUCUUGGCAUUGCAAAUCAAUGCAGAAAAGUUCUUCUUCGGUAUAAGAAAGAACCUCGUUGAGUUUGAUGAAGUAUUGGAGGUGCAACGAAAACAUGUUUAUGAUCUAAGGCAGCUAAUCUUAACAGGAGAUGAUGAAAGCUGUUCCCAACACAUAUUCCAGUACAUGCAAGCAGUAGUGGAUGAGGUUGUCUUCAGUAACAUUGAUCCAUUGAAGCAUCCACGUAGUUGGGGUUUGAGUAAUCUCUUGAAAGAGUUUAAGACAAUCGGUGGAAAGCUGUUGCAUGAAUCAUUUGGAGGGAUUAAUGAUGACACUUUACUAAAUUCACUUAGGCAACUGAAUGAAGUGAAUUCAGUUGAUGUUGUCAAUUUUUGCCUUCCAAAUUUGCCAGCACCUCCAAAUGCUUUCAGGGGAAUUCGCAGGAAGAGCUCUUCAUUAAGACGAUGGCUUGCUAUUUGCACUGAUGAUUUAAUUGAGACCGGGAAGUAUCGCACAACAUCUAAUCUCCUUCGCAAGUAUCUUGGAGAUUUUCUAAUCGCUUCAUAUUUAGAGGUUGUUGAAGAGUCUGGCUAUGAUGAUAGACAUGUAAAAGAGAUUGAGAGAGCUGUUCUUUUGAAAACUCUUGAUUGUUUCUGGAGAGAUCAUCUUGUAAACAUGAAUAGGCUCAGCUCUGCGGUGAACGUUAGGAGCUUUGGCCACAGAAAUCCUCUAGAAGAAUACAAAAUUGAUGGUUGUCGGUUUUUCAUCUCGAUGCUCAGUGCAACUCGAAGAUUAACUGUAGAAGCACUCUUACGGCAUUGGACGUCUCCAAUGGAAUCCCAAGAAUUAUUUUUAUAAUAAAUGUUCAAAUGAAUCAUACAAUAAAGGUAGAUAAUACACUCAAAAGUUUUUUCAACUUAGACAGGAUUUUCGGAAGGUAAAUAUGGCAAGGCCAAAACUUUCUGUAGAAUGGUUUCAAGAUCAGAGUCACCCCGUCUCUCAGUAACGUUAUCUUUCUUCCUGGUUUGUCAAAGUUACAGAGAAGAUACAUGGAGAUGCUCGCAAAAAUUAUUUGUAUAUGUUCAUCCUAUUACAGGACAAUCAAAGAAGCUGAUUCUAUUUAUUCCAGUGUUUUUCUUAGAUUACAUGUUUUUUGCUGAUUAAUUGUAUUUUAGGCUCGCAUGUUAAUGAUGACUAGUGCUUAGAAAAGGAUUAGUAAGAGAUAUGCCAAAGACAUCAAAGUAAAUGACCUUUCCACCCCCUUUGUUCUACUGAAAAAAUAAGAAGCCAAUUUAGAUGUGCAUUGGUCUGUCAAUAGAGUUAAGAGCUAUAAUUAAAGUCACAUUUCAUCAUG